CUCUCUGCUUGCGAGCUGGAGGGAGAGUGCAGGCAAACUAACUUGGUAGAGACCCAUACAGACCCACAGCGGGCAGGGGCAGGGGUUGCGGAUUGCUGGAGCACAGGCGGAGUGAGCACUAAGCAUGUGGCUUCCUUGUGCCACUCCUGGAAAAUAAUGGACUGGGUAAGGAACAGUUAAUAAGAAAAUGUGCCUUGCUAACUGCGCACAUUACAACAAAGAGCUGGCAGCUCCUGAAGGAAAAGGGCUUGUGCCGCUGCCGUUCAAACUUGUCAGUCAACUCGUGCCAGCAGCCUCAGCGUCUGCCUCCCCAGCACACCCUCAUUACAUGUGUCUGUCUGGCCUGAUCCGUGCAUCUGCUGAGAGGCGCUCCUGACAAGUCAGGAAUUUCUCAAUUUCUCCCUGGUGCAAAGAGCGGAUUUCUCCCUGCUUCUCUUUUGUCACCCCUGCUACUCUCCCCAAGGAGGCUCCUUGAUUUAUGGUAGCUUUGGACUUCCUUCAGCGUCUGCCUGCCCUUGACUUCUAGAAUGGAAGAAGCUGAGCUGGUGAAGGGAAGACUCCAAGCCAUCACAGACAAAAGAAAAAUACAGGAAGAAAUCUCACAGAAACGUCUGAAAAUAGAAGAAGAAAAACUAAAACACCAACAUUUGAAGAAAAAAGCCUUGAGGGAGAAAUGGCUUCUGGAUGGGAUCAGCAACGGAAAAGAACAAGAAGAGAUGAAGAAGCAAAAUCAACAAGACCAGCAUCAGAUCCAGGUUCUAGAACAAAGUAUCCACAGGCUUGAGAAAGAGAUCCAAGAUCUUGAAAAGGUUGAACUGGAAAUCUCAACCAAUGAAGAGGCAAUUUUAAAGAAACUAAAAUCAAUUGAGAGGACAACAGAAGAUAUAAUAAGAUCUGUGAAGGAAGAAAAGGAAGAAACAUCAAGAGAGUCCAUUGAGGAUAUCUAUGCUAACAUCCCUGACCUUCCAAAAUAUUACAUACCUUCCAGAUUAAGGAAGGAAAGAAAUGAAGGACUGGAAGAUGAUGAACAAAAUAGAAAAGCACUGUAUGCCAUGGAAAUUAAAGUUGAAAAAGACUUGAAGACUGGGGAAAGUACAGUUCUGUCUUCGAUACCUCUCCCAUCAGAUGACUUUAAAGGUACAGGAAUCAAAGUUUAUGAUGACGGACAAAAGUCAGUGUAUGCAGUAAGCUCUAAUCACUGUGCAGCAUACAAUGGCACCGAUGGCCUGGCACCAGUUGAGGUGGAGGAACUUCUAAGACAAGCCUCAGAGAGAAACUCUAAAUCUCCAACUGAAUAUCAUGAGCCUGUGUAUGCCAAUCCAUUUUGCAGACCCACAGCCCCGCAGAGAGAAAAGGCAACCCCUGGACCAAAUUUUCAAGAAAGGAUAAAGAUUAAAGCUAAUGGACUGAGCGACGAUGUAAAUGACUCCAUACUCAAUAUGGACAAUGGACUUUCAGAGGAGAGGAGCAUCAGAGUCAAUCACAUCAGCCCCAUUCAGCCAAUACCUCAUCCCCGAUCAAUAACUCAACAAGCAGAUGAGAUGUCCCACGCCCCAAAAAAGAUGAUGACUCCUUGGGAAGACUCAAAUGCCAUUCAGGACAAAUAUGAUGCACCCUCUCCAAAAACCAGAGUGAGCCCCAGCAAAGCAACACUUGGGAAGUCAGAACACCAGGGCUCUUCUCCCACUUGCCAAGGGGAAGAAGAAGAUGUUAGAUAUAAUAUCAUUCACUCAUUGCCUCCUGACAUGGAUAAUUCAAAACCUGUGACCAUGAUUUUCAUGGGGUAUCAGCAGGCAGAGGACAAUGAAGAAGACAAAAAACUUCUGACGGGGUAUGAUGGGAUCAUCCACGCUGAGCUAGUUGUGAUUGAUGAUGAGACAGAGGAGGAUGAAGGAGAAGCUGAACAGCUGUCCUAUCACCCCGUAGCGCCCUGUAUUCAGGUUUACCAGCCACCCAAACCCACACCACUUCCUAGAAAGAGACCUGAAGUGAAUCCUCAUGAAAACUCAAACCAUAAAUCUCCCCACAAAAAUUCAAUAUCUCUGAAAGAACAAGAAGAAAGUUUAGGUGGCCCUGCCCACCAUUCUCCAAUUGAUGUUCCGAUAGCCGGGGAUGGGACUGAGGAUCCAUCUUUAACAGCUCUAAGGAUGAGAAUGGCAAAGCUUGGGAAAAAAGUGAUCUGAGAGCUGUGUUACCUAUGUAAAAAUUCUUCGGAGAAAAAACUAAGAAACAUCUGCAAAUUUCUCUUCUGGAUAUUUUUGUUUCUUUUUCUUGGAAUCUAAAAAACUAUAAUCAUACCAAUAUUAAGUCAUGUGAAUAAAUAGUAGUCAUUAUCUGUGAAAAAAAUUCCAAAAACUGGGGAAAACCAAAUCCAAAACUUUUCCAGUUAUUUGAUAUGAUUCAUUGGAGGGGGGAAACCAGCAUAUUUUUAUUGUAUUGAUACCAAAGCAUUUCUAAUAAGAACUUGUUACAUUUAAGAAUAAAGUUAUUUAAAAUAU